AUGGAUUAUGUUGUAAAUUCUACAGUACCAAGAGACUUCCAUCUCCUCGCAUUUUCCAACUCUGAAGAACAUCAUCAUAUUAUUUUUAUUGGGCUGUUACUAAUGUACCUAUUGACUGUGCUGGGAAACAUGAUGAUUAUUGUACUUGUGUGUCUGGUAUCCCAGCUGCACACCCCCAUGUAUUUCUUCCUCUGCAACCUGGCAGUCCAGGAUAUUAUCUCUGUCUCUGCCUUCCUUCCCAAGCUGAUGGCCAUCACAUUUACAACGGGAACCAGCACUUCUUUUCCUGUGUGUAUAACACAGCUAUUUCUCUUUAUAACUUGCACUGAUGGUGAUUUUAUCCUGUUGGCCAUCAUGGCUUAUGACCGAUAUGUGGCUAUUUGUUUCCCUCUGCGUUAUCACCUCAUUAUGAAACCCGGGAUCUGCAUCCUGCUGGUGACAACAUCUUGGAUGUUCUGUGCCACCAAUGCAAUGUGCUAUUCUUUGCUUAUAUCUCAACUGUCAUACUGCAAGCUACUUGAUAUCAAUCAUAUCUUUUGUGAAAUUGUAUCCCUAGUACAGCUUUCCUGCAGUGACACAACACACAUACAGACAUUAUUAACAGUUGAAGCACCAUUAGUAGGGAUUUUUCCAUUUGGGUUGAUCCUAACAUCAUACGUAUACAUCAUAUAUACCAUCUUGAAGAUGAGAACCUCAGCAGCAAGGUUGAAGACGUUCUCCAGCUGUUCUUCACAUCUCACAGUUGUAUUACUGUAUGGUGGUACAUGCAUCAGCUUGUACAUGAAACCGGACUCACAAAACUCUCAAGAAGUAGACAAGUUGCUUUCCCUGAUGUACUUGGGUUUUGUUCCAAUGUUAAACCCAUUGGUGUACAGUCUCAGAAAUAGACAGGUCCAGUCUGCUGCAAAAAUAGUAUUUAACAAAUGUAUAUUAAAUGCUAAUUUAAAAUGA